AUGGUACCAUUACGGAUUGGAGGCGACCAACUGGGAUUAAUCAUAGCCGAUUUGCAGGAAGAAGGGAGCUUUGAUGAGGCUGUCAAGGGAUGCGAUGGUGUAUUUCAUGUGGCAGCUUCGAUGGAAUUCGAUGCCAAUACAGAUGAGAAUAAUGAAUCAUAUGUUAGAUCAAAUAUCAUUGUGCCUGCAAUCAAAGGCACUGAAAACCUCCUAAAUUCUUGCUUAAGAUCCAACACUGUGAAAAGGGUUGUUUUCACAUCGUCCAUAAGCACCAUCACUGCCAAAGACAGUUAUGGAAAUUGGAGAUCUGUUUUUGAUAAAUCUUGCCGGACCACAUUUGUGCAUGUCUUGAAUGCAAAAGCAAGUGGAUGGGUUUAUGUCCUCUCGGAGCUUUUGACUGAAGAAGCAGCAUUCAAGUUUGCAAAUGCAAAUGGUAUUUAUCUUGUUUCCGUUACUUUCCUCACGACGACCAUUCCCUCUAGCAUUCAAGUGCUCCUGUCUCCAGUCACAGGUGAUCCCAAGUACUUCUCGAUACUGUCUGCUGUAAAAGCUAGAAUGGGGUCUGUUGUUUUAGUUCAUAUUGAAGAUAUAUGCAGAACCCACAUAUUUCUGAUGGAGCAAGCCAGAGCGGAAGGUAAAUACAUAUGCUGCAUCCGCAGCUGUCUGAUGUCCGAAAUGAUUACUCGCCUUGUUCAAGAGAAUCCAAGCUCAAAUAUUCAGAGGAACGUUGCCAUCAAUAAUUUCAGAAAGAUGAAAUUUGAUUUCUUCAUUUACAAGCAUGAAAUAGAAGAUAUAAACCAUCAAACAAUCAUUGCAUGUGUAGAUUAUGGAUUUCUGCCCCAUACCAGAAGGCGAUAUAUUGUGUGCCCACUUUCCUACCAUCCCAGUAAUCAAAAUUCAAUCCAGUUAUUAAUGCAUGCAACUACGCUAACCGAGUUUACCGAAACGUGAGCAUGUCAUGCGGCAUUAACAGAUUGAACGGCAUCAGUUUCGGCGCCAAACUCGCCCUAUAUUCUUACACCAGACGUAGACUAACUGAUGAAGGGUUGAGCAGUCUAAAACACUUAAUGCUGACUGACUCAUUUGCCUUCAUGAAAUGGGGAACUUGAGACAUGGGCCAAAAAGAAUAAAUAAAAAGACAGGCUUAUUUAUUCAUUUCUUGGACUAUCCAAUGGCUUGUAAAAUUGUUGCAGAAUGUACACAUGAGCUAAAGCUUUAAUGCAAAAGCUACUUCUUCAA